GCUCAGCGCCGACGCUCGGCGUCUCGUGGCGGCGGCGCGCUGCUGCCUAUAACCGCCGCCGCACAGUGCUGCUCUCGCCACAGGUCCUGCGCCGCGCAUCGCGCUGCCUCGGGUGGGCCGCUCGGGCUGUCGAGAGAGAGAGACAGGAGGCGGGCUUUUCCUCCCUACUUCCUACCAAAACCACUCACACGUAACACUCUCGACACACCUGCUACUACACCAUCCACCGUCUGUGGCACACCGUCUCGAGCCCGCCGUUCCUCGGUGAAUCCGGCCGCGAGUGAGACUGCCCGGCGCUGUCGCUGCCGUGUUCUUCUUCCCUUCACCGGCUGCUGCGAAGAAAGUGGUGCAGCCGGCCUUUGGAUUCGGCGCCACCGGCGACGGUAGCGAAGAAGCCCCGGAGAAGUCGCUGUGUCGUCGUCGGGGAGCAGACGACGUCAAGCGGCGGCGGUGCUGCGUCGUCUGCAGCGGACGACCAACGGCGGGCGGUUGCGUAAAAACGGCUUCGCGCCACCGUCCCCCUUUGCCGAGGAGGUCCCGUCGUGACGAGGCCACGCCUUUCGACGGCCCUGCCUUGCCGAGGUUGUGCCCGGCUUGCACUGAAAGCAACUGCGUUAUCAAGUAGAGUCGACUGUUGAUCGUCUGCGCUGGGAACAACCUGACCGUGCUGCCCGUGAACCGGAACGAUAGGAUGACCAGCUGCGCGGAUCACAUCGAGAAGGGACCCCGUUCUCCUCCGCACCUCGGAUGAUCCGUUUCAAACGAGCAUGGUGCUCCGGGGCGCGCCUGGAAGUGGCGAGCGUCCCGAGCCGUGCGACCCCGGAUGCAGAUGACCAGCGCGGCAGCUCGGCCCGGCAGGACGCCAUGGCCGUCAAGUGGGAGAAGCUCUCUCCGGCGGAGUUCCAGCAGCUGCAGGACUACGUUCAAUAUUCAUCAAAGAAGCUUCCAGAUGUUCUUGAGGAAUUCAAGGAGAAUGGAGCCCUGUCCAAGUACAACGCCGAAGGGGACAUCGACCUGGAGGGUUUCCAGGCGUUCAUGGACACCUACCUGGAGAUGGACACUCCCCGGGACCUUGUCAAACACCUAUUCCUCUCGUUCGUCCGAAAGCCCGCUCCGCCGCGCGCACAGAUCGCCGAUGGACGGCUGCUCAAGUUCCGUCAUCUGGUGGCGGGCAAAUUUCAGAAGGACGAAACGCUAGAUGAUAGGAAGACGACGGCCGUGUUGCAUAGGACGCUAACCGGCGGUUCCCUUGACAAAAGCGCCAAGAUGGCGGCCGUGACGUCGACGACUGCGUGCGCGCCCAUCACCUCGCACACUGCGGCGGCGCACAGCGGGUCCCUUCCGGAGCUGGCCAAGCAGGCAGCACAGGGUGGUGGCACGGCCACGCAGGGCGGCAUCGCGCAGGCGACAGCGCACGGCGCGGGCCUGGAGCAGCCGCAGCAGGCGACCCGCCGCACCGAGGAACGACCGCAUCUGCAUUUGGGCUUCGCCGAGCGGCUGCACGGCCUCACAGAGAAGCUGCACAGCCACCUGCGAGGAGAGGGCGCUGAUACCAGGGGGCGCACAGGGAGUGCUUCUAUCCACCCGGUGGUGACGGUGACGCAGAACUACGGUGACUCGACCGACUCCUCACCCAACCAGAGCCAAGUGUCGCGGAACUCUUCCAGAAAGUCAAACAGCUCACUGCUCGUGCACAGCGUGGACUUGAAGCCUCUGCGGAAAACGAGCAGCCAUAUCGAUGUUCACACUGUGCGCGUCCCCCUCAAAGAUAUCAUCUGCUACCUCUCGCUCAUGGAAGCCGGGCGGCCCGAGGACAAGCUGGAAUUCAUGUUCAGAUUAUACGACACAGAUGGAAACGGUUACCUUGACAACAAUGAGACAGAGUGCAUAGUGAAUCAAAUGAUGAGCGUCGCCGAGUACCUCGGUUGGGACGUGUCAGAGCUGAAGCCGAUCCUUCAAGAGAUGAUGGUGGAGAUCGACUACGACGCCGACGGAACUGUGUCGCUAGAAGAAUGGAAGCGUGGUGGCAUGACCACCAUCCCGCUGCUUGUGUUGCUCGGGCUGGACGCUAACGUCAAAGAUGACGGCAACCACGUUUGGCGCCUUAAGCACUUCAACCGGCCUGCCUACUGCAAUCUCUGCCUGAACAUGCUUGUCGGGCUCGGAAAGAAAGGACUCUGCUGCGUCUUCUGCAGGUAUACUGUCCAUGAACGUUGCGUGCAGAGGGCGCCUGCAUCGUGCAUUAACACUUACGUCAAGUCCAAGAAGAGCUCGCAGGCUCUAGUUCAUCACUGGACGGAAGGUAACUGCACGGGAAAAUGCAGCAAGUGCAAAAAGGCUAUCAAAAGCUACAAUGGCAUCACCGGACUACAUUGCCGCUGGUGCCAAAUGACGCUUCACAACCAUUGCGCUCCGCAAGUGAAGCCCGACUGCGGCCUUGGACCACACCGAGACCACAUCCUGCCGCCAACAUCUAUAUGCCCUGCUGUCUUGGAGAGGCAACGAAGUGUCGGCAGCGGCCAGAAGAAACAGCUGUCUAGGUCAGAUUCCAACAAGGUUUCCGACAGCGGCCAAGGAAAUGUUUCUGCCAUGUCAUUCCAAGUCACACCCGUCUCUGGAACCCAUCCCCUUCUAGUGCUCAUCAACCCCAAGAGUGGAGGUCGACAGGGUAUGAGAAUAUUAAGAAAAUUUCAGUACUUGCUGAAUCCUCGACAAGUGUACAAUGUUGCCAAAGGGGGACCAAUUCAAGGGCUUCAAUUUUUUAAGGACAUCUCGAAUUACCGGGUCUUGUGUUGCGGAGGCGACGGUACAGUGGGCUGGGUGCUUGACACAAUAGACAAGCUAAACUAUGCCCAGCUUCCUCCAGUAGGAAUCCUCCCUCUUGGAACAGGGAACGACCUGGCGCGGUGUCUUCGGUGGGGACCAGGUUACGAAAACGAGAGCCUAGAGAAGAUACUGCAGAAAGUCGAGAAAUCCACGACAGUCAUGAUGGACCGCUGGAAGAUCGACAUCAGCAACACAGCAAAUUCGGACGAGCGUGGUGACCCUAUUCCCUGCAACAUCUUCAACAACUACUUUUCCAUAGGCGUGGACGCGUCAAUAGCGAUCAAGUUUCAUUUGGAAAGGGAGAAGCAUCCUGAAAAGUUCAACAGCAGGAUGAAGAACAAAAUGUGGUAUUUCGAAUUCGCCACGUCUGAGACGUUCUUCGCAACGUGUAAAAAUCUCCACGAUGACGUCGACAUCAUGUGCGAUGGCGUCUCGCUGGAACUGUCCAACGGCCCGUCGCUUCAGGGCAUCGCGGUGCUCAACAUCCCCAGUAUCUACGGCGGCUCCAACCUGUGGGGAGACAACGCCUCAUCACGGCGGCGCUCGCGUUCUAAGCGACGCAAGAAACACGACCGGGAUAUCUCCACCAACAGCUUCAACUCGAUCGACCUCAGCAGUGCCGUACAAGGUAUCACAUCGGCUGAUCGGCUGAUUGAAGUGAUCGGUCUGGAGAGCAGCAUGCACAUGGGCCAAGUCAAAGCUGGUCUUCGAGCUUCGGGUCGCAGACUGGCGCAGUGCUCCUCGGUGGUCAUACGGACAAGGAAAAGGUUUCCGAUGCAAAUUGAUGGUGAGCCUUGGGUACAGCCACCUUGCACGAUACAAAUAACCCACAAGAACCAGAUGCCUAUGCUCAUGGCGCCAGCCCCGACGAACAAGUCCAGGUUCCCUUUCUUCUCCUUCAGGAAGUCGUGAUUCGGAGAUGGGAGCGCCCUCUUACGCCGCUUUCCUCCACUGCUUUCGCUCUUGGCAGCUGCUCGCGUUUGUUGCUGCUCGUGACUGGGCCGAGUUUCGCGCGUUAUGUGUCGUGCCAUUCUCGUGCACCUACAUCGGCUUCCGUGUCGUUGCCGAUGUCGGUUACAGAGACUGCAUUUAGCUGACGCGCAUCUUGUUAACUUAUACCUUGUACAUACAUCUGUAUAGACAUUGCCCAUUCGCCGGCGCUUUACCUUCUUGACCAGGGUCCUAGUGGUGUUCCAAGUGUACUCACUGGCUACUGCUUGAUUGUAUACCUGUGAACGUGCGGGCAUGUGAUUUUAUGCCUGGUAAUACGAUUUUCUCUCAAGAAAGAUUUGUUACUGUGCGCGUGUUUUUGUCGGGUUCCGCUGUGCUGUUCGAGUGAUAAAAUGUUUGUUGAGUUGUGUUAUUACUACGCCUGAACGGAAGACCAGAUGUGUACAGAGUGCUAAACGUUACUGAGCAAAUCGUUAAAGCUUACUUUACGUGGACGAAAGCACCAAGCUUCGUUUCUUUUUACUCUACCAUGAACCGGCUGAUAGAAACGCCUGUUCAUUGUUUAAUCACUUGAAGUCUCCGCAGUAAACAUAAAGCACUAAAUAUUGAGUUGUGCUGCGCGCACGUUCGAUAACAUUAAUUUUGUAUUCUACACAAGUAUAUGACUUAUUAUGACCGCUAAUAUUCUGUUUAGUAUGUACAAAUUUUUUUGCCGCAUCAUUGCAUGAUACACUGCAUAUAUACCAGUGUAAACAAACGAGCGAAAUAUUUUUUUCUCGUUGAAAUUUUAUGUGUGUUGUAAGUGGCGCCCAAAUUGCACUGAAAAGUUAAAGGUGGGAAAAAUAGUUGUCAAUAAGUAUAUACAUUAUGAUUUGGAUUGACUUCGGUAUUAAAACGAACCAGGAAGCGUUAUACAUAUAUUCGGCUUUUAUUAAGUGCUCUGCAACUUCAUAACACUGCGGUAACUCUGCAAGUGCAACUGUUUAAGUUACGUGGCAUCCGAAAUUGCGCCGUAUGCCGUUAUCAUUACGACGCGGUGCGCAGCGCGCAGUGGUUUACGCAUACAGUGCAUACGGUGCAAUUUCGGGCACAUCCAGCGGUAGCCACGGCUCGUGGUCAGACAAGUGCAAUCUCUCUUCCGCGAGCCGCUAGCUGAAACACAUCCCAAAGCCCAGUUCUUUCCUUUGGGUAAACUUUUUGUUGUCUAAUGUGUGAGUACCCGGAAGCGUGCUCCGAAAUGCCCCUUCGCUCACGGAGAAAAAUAUACACUCGCCUGAAGCUAAUGUCCCUAUAUAAGAAAAGUACCGCCAUCCUUUGAUCAACGCCGCUUCGCUCUUUCCUGUAUCUCUGAUUGGACGAUGAUAGCGCGCGCUUUGACUUCUUUAUAUUUUUUUUUCCGCCUCAGAGCCAUGUUGAAAGUCAUCUGCGCAGCCGCAGUAGCCGGCGGCGGCGACGGCGCGCGCCCGGCCUGAAAGUUUCAACGUGGACUUUCCAGGGUCGCCACCGUCGACUUCCUUUCGCAAGCAAAAAUUAAGAAAAAAGCACGCGUUUUAGGAGAGGAGACGACGGAAGAAAGAGUAGAUGGCGGUACUUUUCUCAUAUAGGGGCUUUAGCCCGAAGCUUCCCAGUCACGCCAUCUUCAGUGCACUUUGGACACCACCAAUUGAAAGAAUAUCUCUGUCUGCGUCGUAACAUAUCCGAUUGUCCUCGCGAGUGAUUGUGCUUGCUCCAGUGUGCUACGCUCGUGUCCUUAGCGGACCAGUUUGUGAAUCUCAGCUUUUGUAUCCUCCACUGUAAGUGGUCACCAUCUGGGCCCCACCGACCAACCUCCAUAACCCUACCGAUUUUAUCAUUCUUAAAAUUUGUCUAUCGCAUCAAAAAAAAACAAGGAAGAAUCUAGGUACUUUUAAUACCUUUGAAAAUGGUGACUCCAGGUAUCUCUAAAGAAAUUAGUAUGGUGAAAAUAAACGUAGAGCCACUCCCUCGAGCCCCUCAGAAGGAAAAAAAAAUAAUGUUUUUUUUUUCCUUUUUUUUUUUGUUCUUGUGAUUCGAUCCCUGUCAAGCAUCAUUAUGCAUAGUAUCUCCACCUUUAUGUACACUGCUUUAGAUGUUUGAAAUGCAAGGCUUUCUGAAGCUGGCUUCUUUAUAUACCGUGCCUUAGUGAAAGGGUGUACAAAAUGUCUUAAACGUCGCUUUUUUUGUGUUGCUAAGCUCUAAGUGCUCAUGUGAACUUCCAUAUUUGCUCAUCAUUUGUUUCUUGUUUGUUCUUAAGGCAAUUUGUUUUUAGACGUGGUUGCAACUUCCAUUUUUUUUUUCGUUUGUAAACGGCAACAAAGCGUUUUCACUAAGUCCGCUCUAUAGUCUUAACUUAGGGGGCAAGUACAAUAUUGUUGGUGCUGAGUCCGUUGCUGACAAGAAGCCGUCCUAGGUAUCUAAGGAUUGAGAUACAGAUUGCGGUGAGCAAGCUGUUGACAUUCACGAGAUACUCAUUUCUUCCAAAUGGCCUUUAUUUUGCCUUACACAUGAGUAGCAUGCUAUUGGUAGGCUUAAUCUCGGAUAAAAGCAGCUUCUGAUCUUGCGGGCGCUUCCUUUCACGGUGUCACUGGUCAAAAAGAGGGAGACAGAAUAGAAAGCUGACAUUCACAAAGUACUGCGCUGCGGGGAGGCAUUGUAGAUGUGAGUGAAGUCCGCAAUGUAUGGACGGCGAUUUUGCGUGACGUUCUCUUUAGCUGCAGCUUUGCACGUCCACAUGGUUUGCACCCGUUACUGUACAUACACUAAGGAGCAUUUCUCACGUGAGAGGUGUAUAUUCUAUAAGCUCUUCUAACCACACUAAGUGCAUAAUGUAAUGACCACAUUUUGCUCGGGAGCGAAGGCUAGGUCAGCCAGCCUCGAAAACUUCACCGUGGUCUCCAACGACCAGCCUCAUAGGUUUCUUACUUGCUGCGCCGUGUUUUGCUGUGUUUCUUUCUUUUUUUUUUUUUGCCCGCUUUGCACUACUCUUGCAAAUCCACACUUGUAGAGCCCAGGAACGCGGGGCAUCGCAGCACAUAAUCGCUUACCAAUACUUCAGCGCGCUUUCACAUUUGAAUGAAGCGUAAUGGUCAAACAAAAGCAGAGCAGGGAAGCGAUAGUGCAAACUCAGAAAAGGCAGAGUAUUGCCUGAUGCAGGUAAAACGCAGUCGCCGUAGCUGUGUGUUCCCACGCUAACGUUUAUGUCGCACAGGCUUUCAUGUCACCUUCUUCACUUUGGUUUCUGCCAGCUUCGCUGUUUGUAUUGCAAUAAGAGUCGCACCACCUGCAUUGAAUGUAUCCGCCGUAGCAGGCUGGUCAUAGCACAUGUUAUUAUGCGGCUUCGCGGUCGUGGAGAGAUGGUCUUGUGUUACGCCUAUGCCCCGAAGCUGUACAUAUUAAAGGGCAACACUUGCUUACUUGUGCAAUACUUGAGGCCACGAGAGCGUGGUAGGAAUGAUGAUAAUGGACCUCUUUUACGGCUCGUACCCACUAAGGGGGAUAGCCCAAAAAUACCGCGUGCAGCCAAUUCCACAUAUACCGUCACUCCGCGGUUUGACCGCUCUGAUUAUAUCUUUACAUGAAAUUAAGUUCUGUGAUCUUGCGUACCAGAACCACGAUAUGAUCAUGAGGCACGCCAUAUUGGGGGGUUCCGGAUUAAUUUUGACCAACUAGGGUUCUUUAACGUACACCCAAGUUUAAGUACACGACCAUUUUGCAUUUCGCCUCUGUCGAAAUGCUACCGGGAUCGAACCCCGCGACAUCGAGCUCAGCGGCGCAGCGCCAUUUCCACCGGGCUACGGAGGCGGGUUUUCCCUAUAGUUUUGAUACGAAUGGUACAACAAGUUUUCCUUGCUAGGGUGCACAAGUUCGGGAGCUGGAAAUAAGAAAACGAACACAUGCGAACCGAGAUCCUAACGGAUACGUUGGUUCUAGUUGUACUUCCCACUGCAAAUAGUUUAGCCCGAACGCAAGCACAGGCUUAGAAAGGCACCCACAAACGGGCAUGCUGAUUUCAUCACGCGUCUCGAAGCCGCCUGCCAGGCGAUGUCCCGCGCCCUGCGGCAGCAAGCGAGCUCUCUGCUUAUAUACGAAGGCAUCGCACUCUUAUUACUUGCGGUCUUGUAUAGCCUUGCUACUCCACAAGGAAGCCAGCUGAGGUGCGCACUUGCUGGUGAGAGAGGGCGUAGCGUGUUUUUAAUGACUGCGUUGCUAACUUAUUUACAUACGAAUUGUUGUUCAUGUGCAUGUUGACGAAGAAAAAAAGAUGUUUAUAUAUAGUAUAUAGCAUUUCGAUCUUGUAGGAUAUAUUUACCUUGAUUCAAGCGGUAGUGAGAACAGACCGCACGAUGAAAGCUUAAGCAGCGAUGAUAAAUAACAAAUCAUAUCAUGUACGUAGAAAAAACAUAUAAAUAGAUAUAGUUUUGCAUAAAUCUGUCAUUUUUAACGUUGUGUGGAGGAGUAUGGUAUAUAUGUCUCCGAGCUGCAACAACGCGCAACUUUUUUUCCUCUCUCUGUUUUUUUUUAUUGCAGUUUAUACUUUUAUGUUAAUUCGGUGAACCGCGUGCUCCACUAUUAUUUCGAGCAAGGUAAGUACGGUCACCUACUAACCUAAAGGCCGUUAUGUAGCCACACGCGAGCCCUGCAAAUGUAUGUGUGAUCCCAUUGUUGAUAGAGGGCCAGACUAUGUCUCAACAGGACCUCUUUCAAACGGCAACCCUAAAAAGCCCGGAUCUCUAGUAUUGAGGUACCCACUAUGGUUUGCUGGAACUGUAUGAAGUACAGAAAGCCGGUUACCAUUUGUAUUAUGGCGUAGCCAUCAGAAAAAAACAAAGAAAUCCUAUUUAAUCCUUGCACACUUGCGUUUCACUGGCCGUGUAUCUCAUUCGCAUGCGACACCUACAUUUAUUGGUACAAAAGCCCUCUCUCUGCUCACGUGGUUUUCCCUUCUCUCAGAACCAAUUUUUUAGCAACUCAAUAAGCCCUCACUAUGACGUCAUAGGCUGUCGGUGAAGAGCAGGAUUCCCUGCGUCGAACAUCGCAAAGGAUACGCCCUGAUGCGGAAAGCUGAAGGACCCCUACUUCGCGUUCUAACGGCAGCUUUUUUUCUUGUAGAGAGAGCAUCUCUACGUACUUAGAGCGCAAACCACAUGCAACCGAAAACGCUAUUGCAGUGCAUAGGAUUCUCUUUCUUUCCUGCUUCGCGUUUCCUGACGAAAAUCUAACAGGUUUACGUUUUGUUUCGCAUCUAUAGCCCUCUAACGAAAUCGGCUCUUGUGCAAAUGAUGUAGAGAUUUUCGGAUGCGUAGUGUUUCUUGUGAAAUUUAUCGUAUUACGCCUAACUUUGCAAGUGUUCAAGAUCGUUAUGUUUUUUUACGUGUCAAGGACAACUUUAAUACGCCGCGACAGCCUGAGGAAGGCAGUAACCAUUUACUUAGAUACGAACAAGCUGAGCACUUGCAAAGCAAUCCUAAGCUUCACAGAGGCGUAGUGCUUUCCGUAUAAUGCGCAAUUAAUAACACCUUAUUGGAGUGAUGAUAUCGCGAAAAACGGCAGAGGUGUUCGCUCGACAGCUAUGCGAAUUCCCAGUUACCGCUGUAGUGGUAGAGUUUAUAAACAGUCACAGCUCUCUCAACAGUUAUACCUUUUUUAUAUAGCUCUGUGUACGUGUGCAAUGUUAUGUACAUACAUAUACAUAGGCAAGCAAUGCACUGGAACAUUGCGUGCACGAAUGUGUGCGCUCCCACUACUUCAUACAUACAUAUAUAUUAUCGAUUUAUGUCGUUCCGAAAGUUACAGUGGUACACAUGUGUAUAUAUAUAUAUACAAUAUAUAUCGAAGAUGAAAAAAACAAGUUGCGCUACUUUGAUCAUACCUGCCGUAGUGGUAUUCUGUACACAGCAAUGUGUAUAACUUUCCUGUCACGUGCAAAAGUGUGUCGUUCGUCUGCAUUCGUAUAGCGCUCAUGAGACCCUAUAGUUAACCGUUGGCCUUCAGUGUAUUUCGAAACGCCGUCUUCCUGGCGAACGGCUUUCUGUGACGUCUUUUUCCGUAUUCGCCUGUAGGAGAACCACCAUGUUAACGCCACUCCUGUUGUCUAUCUGUACCAAUCUAUGAGCAGACGGAAAGAAUAUGUCAACGUUGGGAACACGUUAUUUGCGCCAGGUGGUCGCGUUGUAUGCUUUUGACGGGGCUUUUAUUAUCAAUACUUUCAGAAAAUGCUGAAAGACGUAAAAAAAAAUCAUUUCAACUUAUUUUCAUUCAUGGGUUAAUGCCACAAUGGCGCUACAAAGACUGGAGCGUAGCGACUGCACACCACUUAGAGCAUGUGCCAUCCCUUGAACCGCUUGCUUUACAGCGCGCUAUAUUUAAUGGUAAUUAACUAGUUUUUACUCAUCUGACCUACUGAAGAAGGGAGAAAUUGCAGAAUGGGAUCACACGGCAUUUUAUUUUCUUCUUGAUUACAACCUAACCUUUUUUUUUAACAUUGUCAAUCUUGUAAUCGGUGAGAAGGUAAUAGUAACCUGCCUUGUCUAAGGACACGAAGAUUCGCUUUACCACACCUAAUAGCACGCACCAUUUCUAGUGACGUACUCAUUUUCUUGGCCGGAGUAAGAAAGAAUAAAAGUGAUUCGUCAGCGCCUCUCUCAGCUACAAUCUAUUGUGACAAGCUCUUUCGCAAGUCAUUUUGCCUUUCUUCCGAUACGUGGAAACUGCUCUUGUUCCGAUUUGUGUCGUAUCAUCAAGCUUGCGGAAUUGAUACCAGAUUUCCGUAUAGAUUUCUCUCCCCAUUCCUUCCCUAAUAGUUAGUGGACUCUAUAUAAGCCUGUAGUAUGUGUACUUAAACUCGAAUAAAUGCAUUUGGACCAAGGUUUGCGUAAGUUCGACGUAUCUUCUUGGUCCUGUGCACACUUGCUGUCAUGGAGUAAGCGAGACUGUUCUUGUAAAAAGCCGCAGUUGAGGCGAAUCUGUAAAGCCGACCUGUAGUCAGUAGCGUUUGUAUCUCUUCCCUACAUACGAUUUCUUUCUCCUGUGCUACUUUCGCAGCACUAGAAUCCACUGCGGAAUUUUGCGUCUAACUGUUCUCCCCCAUUGUUCCCUACGUGGAGCGUUGUUUAGGGACACAUAACUAUUAUUAUUUCUUAUUCUUGCUGUAUUUAAUGGAGCCCUCUUGUUAUAUCUUUUCGCGAUAAGUAAAUGUGAGUCUCCGUGUGAGAUAUCUGUACAUAACAAAUAAUAUAAGAGAUGUUCUACAUUUCACCUAUUUAUUUAUUGCUGAUCUGAAUAAAAGUACAUGUUACCAGGAAAA